CUUUUCCCUUUUUUUGGCCCACGAUCAACUGUCAAACCCGCUGCAGCUCGCUGCUGACGUUGAACGAGUUUGAACACCUCCGCUCCUUGGUUUUUGGUGGCAAAAUUACCAUUUCUUGCUGUGCUGAACGCUGCUUCCACCAGUAGCACCGUGACGAAAGACUCGAGUGUGUGGCCGUGUCUUUGCUGCAGCAAUUGAAUUUUAACCAUAGCGAAGAACCAUGUCCGUCAACCUGCGCUCGGUGUUUGCAUUUGCGAAGGAGUACCAUCAGAAGAAGGAAUCGCAGAAAGAUAUCCAGUAUGGAACGGCCGGAUUCCGAUCGCAUGCUGAUAACCUGGACUAUGUAAUGUAUCGGAUGGGUGUGCUGGCCGCGCUUCGUUCGCGAGCGAAAGCAAGCCAAGCGAUCGGUGUCAUGAUAACGGCUUCCCACAAUCCGGAGCACGAUAAUGGGGUGAAACUGAUCGAUCCGCUCGGCGAAAUGUUGGAGCAGCGGUGGGAAAAGCUCGCCACCGAUCUGGUCAACGUGCCGGACAGCGAGCUGGAGGCGCAGGUGGCGAAAAUUUGUGAGGAUGAGAAAAUCGACAACAACGAGCAGGCGAAGGUGUUUGUCGGUAUGGACACACGCUACCACAGCCCGCAGCUGUCGCGUGCCGUUGUGAACGGUAUACUGGCACUGAAGGGAACGGUCACCGAGUUCGGUAUCGUGACCACGCCGAUGCUGCACUAUUUCGUUACCUGCACCAACACGCAAAACGCGUACGGGGUUCCGACGGAGGAAGGUUACAUGAGCAAGCUGAUUGCCGCGUUUAAAGCGCUCCGUGGUGAAACCGGUGAGCAGGGCAACUAUCGGAAUCAGCUGUACUACGACGGUGCGAACGGGGUUGGUUCGCUGAAGAUGCUCGGCUUCAUCAAGAAGCUAAACGGAGCGCUCAACGUGAAGGUGUUCAACAGCAAUGGUAAAAUCAACUUCAAAUGUGGAGCAGACUUUGUCAAGACGAAUCACCGGGUUCCGGAAGGUUUGCCCGAGGACGCGUUGGCAAGCGUUGGACGGUGCUGCUCGGUGGAUGGUGAUGCCGACCGUGUGGUAUACUAUUUCACCGACGCCGACGGUGUUUUCCAUCUGCUUGACGGUGAUCGGAUAGCAACACUGUUGGCCGGUUACUUGAAGGAUCUCAUAGAACAGUGCGGUGUGCAGCUGGAAAUGGGCUUAGUGCAGACGGCGUACGCGAACGGUGCCUCCACGGAUUACAUUGUCAAUCAAAUGAAAAUCCCCGUCGCCUGCACGCGAACCGGCGUCAAACAUUUGCACCAUAAAGCACUCGAGUACGACAUUGGUGUGUACUUUGAGGCGAACGGGCACGGUACAAUCAUCUACAGCGAUAAGGCCAAGCGGGCGAUACGGGCGGCGAGUGAAGAUGAAACUCGUCCCGAGGCGCAGCGCAAAACAGCGGCCCGACUGUUGCAGUUUAUCGACCUGACGAACGAAACGGUCGGUGAUGCGAUCUCCGACAUGCUGCUGGUGGAAACGGUACUGCAUGCGAAGGGCUGGAAUCUUACCGACUGGCUGGCAAGCUACACCGAUUUACCCAAUGUGCUAGAAAAGGUUUACCUGGCCGAUCGGAACGUCAUCACCGUUACGGAUGCAGACCGUGUAGUGGUCGAACCGGAAGGAUUGCAGGAUGCGAUUGAUGCAAUUGUUUCGAAAUUCCCCAAGGGACGAUCGUUUGUGCGCCCCUCCGGAACGGAGGAUAUUGUGCGUGUGUAUGCAGAGGCCGAUACGCGAGAAAAUGCUGUUCAGCUAUCGUUUGAGGUGGCCAAUCUGGUGUUCGAUCGGGCUGGCGGAAUUGGGUCGCGCCCGACGAAGAUGGAGUUUUAAAGCGUUGCGUUUUGGCCCGCUGCCCCCGGAACUUGAAGCGCAAAACUGUGCUACUAAAAACUGCCUAAAAUCAUUUUUUAUCGCACCGUUUUUUACGAGCCUGUUAAGUGCUUUUCUACAGCUUUGAGUGAAAGGCAACGGGAAGCAAUGAGAUUAUUGAUUACUGUUUGUUAGCAUCACACAUGGUUAGGAACAAAUCGAAAUUCGAGCAAAAAAGAAUCUUGUAUUAAUUUUAAUUUCAUAGAUGAAUUCAAAAAAUAUAUGUUCUUAUAUUUAA